UCUAAUGUCUCAGGAAGGUGAUUAUGGGAGGUGGACCAUAUCGAGUAGUGAUGAAAGUGAGGAUGAAAAGCCUAAAGCGGACAAGCCAUCUACCUCUUCUCUCCCUCACGCUGGGCACGGAGCGGCAGCUGAGCCCGGGUACACCUGCUCUGAGGCUCGGAAAGCCGCACACAGGAGGAAGAUGUCCCCGGUGAGGUGCAGCAACACAGAUUCAGUUUCACCUCUCAAAAGACAGAAAAGUGGCUCCCAGGAUGACCUAGGCUGGUGCGUGUCCAGCAGCGAUGAUGAGUUGCCACCAGAAACGCAGCAUAAACAGGCUGAGGAAGCGACGGUCAAAGAGGAGAAAGACAUCCCUCCUCCCAAAGAUGGUGCUGCCCAAAGAGCUGGAAACCAUGGGCCACCCGCCAGCCACAGACUCAAAGAGGAGGAAGAAAGUGAAUAUGAGACGUCAGGGGAAGGCCAGGAUGUUUGGGACAUGCUGAGUAAAGGGAACCCCUUCCAGUUUUACCUCACCAGAGUCAAGGGAAUUAAGCCAAAGUACAACUCUGGAGCCCUCCACAUCAAGGAUAUUUUAUCUCCUCUAUUUGGAACGCUUGUUUCUUCAGCUCAGUUUAACUACUGCUUUGACGUGGACUGGCUCGUAAAACAGUAUCCACCCGAAUUCAGGAAGAAACCAAUCCUGCUUGUGCACGGUGAUAAGCGAGAAGCUAAGGCUCACUUACACGCCCGGGCGAAGCCUUACGAGAACAUUUCCCUCUGCCAGGCAAAGUUGGAUAUCGCAUUUGGAACACAUCACACGAAAAUGAUGCUGUUGCUCUAUGAAGAAGGCCUCCGGGUUGUCAUACACACCUCCAAUCUCAUUCAUGAGGACUGGUACCAGAAAACUCAGGGCCCUUGUACCCACGGAUCGUCCACGGAACCCCCAGAUCUGGAGAAUCAACAACACAUUUUAAAGCUGACCUCAUCAGUUACUUGACGGCUUACAAUGCUCCGUCUCUCAAGGAGUGGAUAGACACCAUCCACGAGCACGACCUCUCUGAAACAAAUGUUUACCUUAUUGGUUCAACUCCAGGACGCUUUCAAGGAAGCCAGAAAGAUAACUGGGGACAUUUCAGGCUCAGGAAGCUCCUGAGAGAACACGCCUCGUCCACACCCAAAACAGAGCCCUGGCCCCUGGUGGGUCAGUUCUCAAGCAUUGGCUUCUUGGGGGCUGAUGAGUCAAAAUGGUUAUGUUCUGAGUUUAAAGAGAGCUUGCUGACACUGGGGAGGGAUAGCAAGAUUCCUGGAAAAAGCACCGUGCCUCUUCAUUUGAUCUAUCCUUCUGUGGAGAAUGUGCGGACCAGCUUAGAAGGCUAUCCUGCUGGGGGUUCUCUUCCCUACAGCAUCCAGACAGCUGAAAAACAGAAUUGGCUGCAUUCCUAUUUUCACAAAUGGUCAGCCGAGACUUCUGGCCGCAGCAAUGCCAUGCCACAUAUCAAGACAUACAUGAGGCCCUCUCCAGACUUCAGUGAAAUUGCUUGGUUCCUUGUCACAAGUGCGAAUCUGUCCAAAGCCGCCUGGGGAGCUCUGGAGAAGAAUGGCACCCAGCUGAUGAUCCGCUCCUACGAGCUUGGGGUCCUUUUCCUGCCUUCAGCAUUUGGCUUGGAUAGCUUCAAAGUGAAACAGAAGUUCUUCUCUGGCAGCCAUGGGCCGACAGCUUCCUUUCCUGUGCCAUAUGAUCUUCCUCCAGAACUGUACGGACAUAAAGAUCGGCCAUGGAUUUGGAACAUUCCUUAUGUCAAAGCACCAGACACACAUGGAAACAUGUGGGUGCCCUCCUGAGAAGCUGAAGGAUUGAAAUGUAAGCAAAAGGCUGAGCCCCCAGCACCGGAUGUUUCCCUCCCCGACAGGCUUGUUUGCAUCCCUGCAAAGGUCACUCUUGUGAAUGUGGAGGCUGGUUAUACUUUUAAGGUCAUUAUUAAUAUUCUCAUAAAGAAAAGUUUGGUUCACUUUUGUAUAUUUUUGGAAGUAAACUAU